AUGGCGGCGGUCAACCCUCCAGAGAGCGUGUUGUUUGAUCCUGGACCGGCCCGCUGCUGUUCGCUCUGUGUCAUAACGUUGUGGACGCCGCCACGCCCUCGCCGCUCCGCUGAACAAUCACCUGUGGCUCACGGAGCGAAACAUUUUGUCCGCACCACCUUUCGCAGAGACAUUAUAGACGCAGAGCAAGGAGGAGGCUCAGAUGUAGCAGACGCGGCCUCAGAGCUUGCAACUCGAGUAAGCCAGAGAUUACCUUGGUGGAGGCUCGUCAAGAGGGAGCUCACCUCCCACGGCUGCCUUGCCGGGGAAAUUGAGUCGCUUCAGGAUGCCUGGAUCAGGGAGUCUAUAGCAGCUCGCGAGUCUCGGCGGGGGAGGGAAAAUGGUGAACGAAAGGCUGCAAGCCACAAGUGUAUUUGUACUCUGCUUUCGGUGCGAGGAAGGCGAGUCCCCUCUGUAGAGUUCUGUCAGCCGCUGCCGGGAGUGAAUCCAUCAUUUGAACCAGACGGGGAGAGCUCAGGGAAAUAUAAUCAAAACAUCGAAUGGAGGGAAUUCCGUGUAGAAUGUUAUAAUAUUCUCUGCAUAAUCACACAGCCGCCAUACCGCAUGCUACCCAACAGUCUCUCCAAUCAGAAACCACUGACCUUCGACGACGUGUACAACCAAUCGUCCCCGACCAACUGCACCGUCUAUUGUGGAGGAAUCACAAACGGUCUCUCAGAGGAACUCAUGCAGAAAACCUUCGCGCCUUAUGGACAGAUACAGGAGAUCAGGGUCUUCAAGGACAAGGGCUACGCUUUUGUCAGGUUCUCGACGAAGGAGUCAGCCACCCACGCCAUCGUGUCUGUCCACAACAGUGAGAUUAACGGUCAGCCCGUCAAGUGCUCGUGGGGCAAGGAGUCCGGCGACCCGAACAACACCCCCGUCACAACUCAGGUCAUGACGCUCACCGAUGUGUCCGAAUGCUUGUCUUUGCAGCCGCUGCCGGGGUCGCAGUACCCGUACAACUACGCCGGCCAGAUGGGCUACUGGUACCCUCAGGGCUACCCAGCUCAGGUGCAGGGACAACAGUUCCUCGGCAUGCAAGGAUUCGCCUACGGACAGUAUGGCUACCAGCAGGGGAUCGCGGGCAUGGCUGGAGUCCCCACCUGGCAAGGCGUCCCGCAGCCACAGCUUCCCACCGGCCAGAUGGCUCAGCUGCAGCAGCCUGCAUCUAUGGUGGGCGCCUACCCCGUGCAACAAUUCCAGCUGUCGAGUCCCUACCUCCUGGGCAGCACCCCCGGCACCUUGGUGCAGUAAGGGCUCGGUCGGGGACGCUGCCGAAGGUCCUCCUCCUUCUCCUCCUCCUCCUUCCCCGGACGGCGGAAGCAUCACACGAUGUCACACUAAACUCCUCUGACUAUGUGAUAUGUCGCCGACAACGCAGUGUUUAGUGGAUAUCAUGAUUGUUAAAGCUGCAGUUCUUAUCUCGGUGUUUGUGGGCAGACUAUUGGCGAGCGUUGGGGUGAUGGGGCCUCGCGUGGCGCUGACCUCACUAGACUCCGGUUACCAGCUGUCUUGACUGUAACGGGUGACCUGCCAGACGCUGACCUGAGUUUGAAAAGUUACCAGCUGUCGCGUGACCAAAGCGGGUGGCUUCCCUGCCAGCCACUGACUCCCGUUCUGGUGCUCCUCCGCGUGUCAACCCGCCGGGCAGCAUCGUGUGCUCUGUCCCACGCCCUUUUGGGGGCCUGUUGCAUAGGAUUUCAGUAAGUUCUGUUUUCUGCCGGGUUCGAACUGGAAAUGGCCUUGGUGAAGUACUGUACAAAGGCCGGAGAGCUGUGCGGCGACCAGCGCGACACGAGAGCACCGGCACGGAGGUGAGGGGGCUGCCUCAGUCACGUCGCUUGGGCAGGCAGCGCAGUAGUCGUAGCCGUUGGACUGUAUACCGCACAAAGAGUCCACCACGGGUAAUAUGGGUGCAUAGUCGAGCCGUGGGCGUGCUAAUACAGUGAUCCUUCCAAUAUAAUGGACGUGGGCGCAUUUCGUGGGCGUGGAGAUGGGCGAGAGAGGUCCGCCUGUCUUGGUCAGCUCACGUCGAGGCCCCGUCGCCGACUGUGUGGUCCCCGCAAUGUUGCUGCUUUGGUUGAUGAUGACUCGUUCACUUGAUACAUCACCAUAAGUGUAAAAUCUCAGACAACCUCAUAAUAAUUUCGUGUAUAGUAGGUUCAUAAAAGAUCCCGCGUCAGGAGUGCUGAGUUCAGCUCGAGAGAAUCCUUGCAGUGCAGAAUCUCAAACAAGCUUCACUCUAACCAAUGCCGCACCGAUGGCAGCAGGGCCACAUAUCAGAUCCCCGGAAACCAGCAACAUUUGCAUCUAGGACCACCAGCAUGUACAUAAGAAAUAUAUAGUGCAAUAUUACUAAGAUAUAACAAUGCCCUCUUAUAUAAUUUAAUGAGCACAGACAGUGGUUAAAAGCGUUGUUAUAUUUGUGUGCGAGGUUCUAUAUUUUCUUAUGGUAUUCUAUAAUGGGUUUUGAGAAAUAAUGGUAAUAUUUUAUUUAGGAGGGCUUGGUAUGUUGAUGCUCGCAAUGUACAAAGACUCAUAAUGGGAAUCUGGUGACUAUGUUAAAUGGGACACUCUUGAUGUGUGUAUAGGUGGUGGGUGUGUGAUGUGGUUUGUAGGAUCUCCCCAGAACCCAUGUAGUUAGUCGUAGGCCGAUGAUUCCUUUGGUUACUUUUUGUGACUGUUGAGUGAUUUUACUAUGUUUGCCAGCCCGUAGUUUAAGUGUGUGCCAUCAGUGUGGAGCCUCACCCUAGAUAUGUGUGUAGGUGUCGCCAAGCUUGUAGUGCGCGCUAGUCACUCAGUGGGCCUGUAGCGGCCCCGCUGAAGCCGCCGCUGAAGCCGCCGCAGCAUGAGCCACGGGACAGUAUCGUAGCCUCCUGUAGCCAAAUGCUUAGUGUAAGGCAGUCUUGUAUACCGACGGUAGUGUAGUGUAGCGGACCGGGGCUGCGUUUCGCGAGCCGCACUCGGUCCUCGCGUCCCUCGCACUCCGGGCGCGAGGGACGGCCACCAGAUCCGUGACCCUGGGCGCCGCGGCCAGUCCUGCCCCUGCUGUAGCCUACAACUGCUGCCAAGGACUCAGUACCGCCGCCCGCGGGCUGGGGAUGCCCUAAGCCGCCCACAGCAGGGCGCCCCGCCCGCUCGCGACAAACCACUCUGAACUGCGGUCAGCUUUCACUAGGUUAAUAAGAAGAAUGUAAUAUAUAUUCAUAAUAUAAUGAUACAUAUAUACUGCAUAGGAAAUAUGCACUAUCUCUCGUACGUAGGUUGUCCCAGGUGCCGCAUAGAUAGCCAGGUAGCGAGGCUGGGGGCGCCGCCCCCGCCUCGCCCGCACCACUGGUAGAGGCGGCCCGCGGCCCCAUUUCCUGCCGCGGGGUCGCCGUGGCCGCCGGCGGGGUAGGGGGAGGUCGCGCCCGCCGGGCUGCCUCCCCGCCUUCCCCGCGCCAAUACGGGUCUAAAAGAGAAGGCGGUGAGUCGCGGCGGACGAGUCGGGCCGCACCGAGUCGCACCAUCGAGACCCGACCAAUCCCGCGAAGAGCAAGUCGCGGCGAGUCUCCCUCUCGCCCGGCGAGUCACUCGCCAACACCAAAAUUGUUCAAGCUUCAGUAUUAGCGCAAGUAUUAGAGCCAGAGAGUAUUCCAAGUAGCGCGGCCGAGAUCACUCCAAAGCCAGGGCUCAGGUGCGGCCCGGCCAGCCCAGUCAGGCCGCCGCGGGUGGUCCGGGCCGGAAGUGCCGCCGCGCUGCCGCAGGUGGCGGCCGGCGGCGGUCGGGCCCGGGCGCAGUCAGCAGCAGAGAGCCGAGAGGGCCGCAGGUCAUUGUUUGUCGUUGUUGUUGUGGUAAGUGGGCGCCGGAGCCCAACCGUUGAGUCGAGGAACCGCCUGCCAUCCAAAGUCGGGCAGGUUAGUCUUGAUGACUUUAUAUGAUAUUGUAACUGUAGUAAUAAUAUUGGUGGUGUUUAUUAACAGAAGGCAGAAAUCUAGUCAAUAUUAUUUUGUUUUAGAGAGUUGAUAAUGAGAGUAUUUUUACAUGUGAAAACACUGUCUAUUUAUUAUUUUAGUACACACUUGAUUUAAACACCGUGAGAGAUACUGCGCCAGGCCCGCCCUCACCCUCUCCAGGCCCUGACCCUCCCCAGGCCCUGACCCUCCCCAGGCCCUGACCCUCCCAGGACCACAAGCUCCCCACAACUGUAAUUCCCCAGUCGACACGCCUCCCCAGGACUCCCCUCCAUCCCUCGCCCUCUCCCGGCCCCCGCCACCGCGCCCCUUCGUUCCCGUUGUAUAAACCCUCAAACUCGAAGCCCCCCCCCCCCCUCCCCCUUUUUCCAGGACCACCUCCUCCAGGCUGGUGCCUUCCCAGGAACCAUCAGUUCUUCGCCCCGCAGCACCCUCCGCCCCUCCCCUCCCCUCCCCUCUCUCCCCUUCCUCGGUCGUAUUAUCCAGUUCAUUACUCUGUGGACAGCAAAAUCAACGUUUAACACUACCAAGAUAAUCAUUCCCGUGUUCUACUAGAGUAUCCCCUACCUUCCCCCUAUGGUGGGACCAGCAGCUGCUCCGGUACCUAACUCGUGUAGAGGGACGUAGUCAGUAGUACAGUCUCCUGUAGUAACCUAUGGCAGUCCUCAAUUGUCCGCACAAUUUUUACACGUUCGCACAGUGGGUUUAUAAGGGUUUUAUGUCCCCGAGGGUGAGGGGUGGUGGAGCGUGAGGCUGGAAGCCGCGCAGUCGAGUGUCAACCACACACCACUCUGAGGGCGGCCACACCAGCUGCGCCUACACCAAUUGCGGCAACACAAGCCUAGAGCUACACCAGCUUGAGGCCACACCAGCUGGCGGCUGCCCCGGAGCGUACAAUCAUUCGUUGCGUGUUCGGUUCCUUGAUUUACAUGGGUGAAAUGUUAUAUUUUUAAGCACAGAGAUGCUCAGAAAGCAAAGGAUGAUUCUGAACCUUAUUACUGUUUACUUUCCAGGAGAAAAUCCUUAACAUACAGCUAUCAGAUUAGAGUUUUAUACUAACGAAAGGUAAUAAUGAUUGCCAUUGGGUAAAUAUGUGUUUUGAUACCCAUAUGAUGUUUACAUCCAAAUCUCCAAUAAACACAUGCGUUUACAUGUAAUUAUUAUGAAAAUUGAAAUUAGAUUGUAUGGAUUUCAUUGUGACAACAUACAGCAAGCGCUAGUCGUGAACUACCUUAUAGCUCUCAGGUAGACUUUACCUUCUGUCCCAAUAUGCCAGCUAAUUGAAAUUCAUACUAGAAACAUCUAGUCAUAAUGAAAUCCAGAGCCAAAGUAUGAUUGUAUAGUUCUUUUUUACAUGUGCAGUCUGUACUGUAUUAUGCCAUUUAUACAAGGAAGACACAGUUGUUGUAGAUAUAAUAAAAUGGAAUGUAGUACAUGCUAGAGUGGACUAAGAAAUGGAACAAUUUAAACAAUAAAAGAAUGGAAAAAACA